GUCGGGUCCUUUCCAAAAAAGCCCUAUAAUCUCCGAACUUGAAGCUCUAGUAGUCGAACGACAAUGGCGGAAUCGAUUUGCAGAGCUCUUCGCGACGGUGCGUUAGAAGGAGAACACGCACCGGCUCUUACCAUAAAAGACUCCAUCCACUCACCUUUCGGAUCCGAUGUCUUCAAUCAUCUUCUCACCCAACUCUCCACCAACAUUUUGGCGGGAAAAUCACAGUCACGAGGUCUUGUGCUCGUUGCUCUGUCCCGGAGUCCAUCCUCCUACGUUGAUUUGUUGAAGAACAGCAGAGACUAUGAAGUUGAUUCGUCACAUAAGUGGCUUAGGGUUUUGGAUUGUUAUACGGAUCCUCUUGGUUGGAAGGAUCGGCUUAUGGAGUGUGGAAGGGUUAACAAUGGCUCUACAGAAGCUUCAAUUACGAUUAGCUCAUUUAAGGAUGUAAGAAAUUUGGAUAAAUUGUUCUCUUCAAUUCUUGAGUUGGGAAAAGGAUUGGUUGGACCGCAAAAAAUUCGGUUCUCAGUUGCCAUUGAUUCGGUAUCUGAGAUGCUAAGAUAUGCAUCAAUAUCUUCAGUUGCAGGCCUUUUAAGCAACCUUCGAAGCCAUGACCAAGUAUCUUGUGCUUUUUGGUUAUUACAUUCAGACCUUCAUGAAAUCAGGGCCACUGCUGUUCUUGAAUACUUGUCCUCUGUGCUGGCCAAUAUAGAAACAGUAACUCAAGCAAUAAAUGGACUGAGAGGCAACUCUGAUAACCUUUCCUUGCUUGAACAGAAUUCUAAUAGAGGGAAGUUUCUUGUCCGCUUCAAGCGGAGAAAUGGACGAGUUAGACUGAUGUCUGAAGAAAUAUGCAUCGAGCAAUCAGGCAUUAAGUUUACAUCUAUUUCUUCUGAAGAUAAAAUGAUAGCUCAAAGCCUUGUGCCUAAGGUGCAAUUCAAUCUACGAUUGUCAGAGAAGGAACAAAUUGACCGGGCCAAAGUUGUACUUCCAUUUGAGCACCAAGAACACGAUAAAUCCACUCAAAUCUAUGAUGGCCGGCGAUCUCUCAAUGAGGAAAAUUUGGAGACUACCCCUGCUGCCGAAAAUCCGAGAACAAAUGAGAAUUCUGGCAGGGGAGAAAUAAUCUAUUUUCGUGAUUCUGAUGAUGAAAUGCCAGAUUCCGAUGAGGACCCAGACGAUGAUCUGGACAUAUAACAUCCCCCUUCUAAUGUUUGAAAGCCGCAGUUCAAAUGCCAGGAACUUUUCACCAGCGUGGUAGGUUUGAAUGAAGUUCAUCUUGAUCUUGGCAUUUUCAGGCAGGCCAUACUUCUGACUGCAAGAAAAUCUUUGCGUGGAGUUCAGCUGCUCAAAUUCUCUUAAUUGGGUACUCCAAAUCAAGGAUUGAGUUGGAUUCAGUUCACCCUUAUAUUGACUUGAUGUGGCCUUCUGGGAGAAAAAGUUGAAGCACGAGACAGACUUUUACCAACAUGGUUUCGGAUAUGUAUGGUUAGCCGAAUCUCUAACAAGUAGUUUGAGGAAGUUAGUAUUUAGUUUGAGCAAGUUAUGUAACAUCUCUUAUUUUUGUUUUUUUAUUUAUUCUUUAUUCCAACAAAUCAGCCUUCUCCCUGGUGCAAUUUUAGGUGCAGACCUUAAGCAUAUGUUGCUGAACCGAUGUCUUGUGAAUGCUAGAUAUCUAAUUAUCAAUCUUGCCAUUUGUUCCCA